UUCAUUGUUUUUGAUAACCUGCUUGUUUACAUUUUGUGUGUGUCGUUUUUCUCUCGUUUCCACUAAAAACACUUGUGUAAGAUUAGAAAAAACCUUGUGAUUUUACUCAAUCCUUGACAAAGAAGUAAUUUGUAACAUUGUCAUGGACAUCCUUAGAGCGGAAAUUGCCAGAAAGCGAAAACUGCUGGAGGAAAAGCAAUUGCUCAACAGCAACAAGAAGUACUUCAAGAGAGGCGAGCUGCUGGCCAAGGAGAAGGAGGAGUACUUCCAGAAGUUUGGCGAGAGGGAGGAACAAGCUGAGACCACGAGUUCCGGGAGUUGUGUGACCAGCACCGACGUUACGAGUGAACACUCAAUUCUGCCGCGUCCGGAAGUGAUCAGGAGACUCAGAGAGCGCUGCGAGCCAAUCCUGCUGUUCGGAGAGACGGAGAAUGAAGCCUUUCGGCGCCUGAGACAGUGUGAAAUCACAGAACCGGAGAUUAAUCGGGGUUUCCGGAAUGACUUCCAAGAGGCGAUGGAACAAGUGGAUCAGGCGUAUCUCGAUGAAAUCCUCACCUCUCAUGGAGCUGAGAGCAGCAGUUCGCGUGAAAAGACUUCCGCUGAAGACUUCAGUGAGGACGACAGUGUCACAUGGGAGGCGAUUCAGGAGAUGGCGAAGCGUCUGGGCCGAGGAAACAAGGAUCACGACAUGAAUGUCAUCACUUCUCUGCUGCAGUACGUGCUGAAGCUGUGGAACAACAACCUCAAUGAGUGCUCACCAGCCGAAAGGAUGUCCACGAAGAUGAAAAUCGCCCGGGCGACUUUCACGCAGACACGCGUUUACAUGAAGCCUCUGUUUCGGAAGUUGAAGAACAAGACUCUGCCCGAGGACAUUCUGGACAGCCUCACAGACAUUGCUCGUGCUCUUCUAGAGCGAAACUAUAUUGCCGCGAGUGACGCUUACCUGCAAAUGGCAAUCGGCAAUGCGCCGUGGCCAAUCGGAGUCACAAUGGUGGGAAUUCACGCGCGAACAGGACGUGAGAAGAUCUUCAGUAAGAAUGUGGCUCACGUGCUGAACGACGAGACGCAGCGGAAGUACAUUCAGGGCUUGAAGAGGCUCAUGACCAAGUGCCAGGAGUUCUUCCCCACCAAUCCAUCGAGAUGUGUGGAGUACGUGAGCAAGAAAGAUCAGGUAGAGUAAAGAGUUCUGUUAAAUCCUCAAUAGACGACUCUCAUCUCCGAAAUGAUUCUCAUUUUGGUAUGAAAGAUGAAAUUCAUUUCCAUAAAGUUCCAAAAUAAACAAAAUCAU